UCCAAAAUAUAUCAUCACAAACAUGUACAGACCUUAAACCCGUUUAAUGGAAUCUUAAUUAGCAACAAUCUUUUUCUAUCAGCAAACAUAAAGACACGUUGAGACUGAAAGCAAAAGCAACGUGACCCAUAUAUAAAGAGUGUACCCAAAAACAACUCCUCCUCCCUCUUCUUAAAUAUAUUCCUUUGUGUGUUACACAAAUUAACAAGUGUACAUUCAUUUCUUAAGAAUCAGUUUUUAGUUUCUCAGUAGAAUCCAGUGUUCAUGAAUUAGCAGUAUUCUCCUUCUUCUUUUUCAUCAUUCUCACUUUCCUUUAUCAUAUAAUUUAAAAGGUUCUAUACAUUUGGUGAUUGAACACAGAAAUGACAGAGUCAAAAAUGGAGUAUGAAAGGUUAAGACACAUAUUUGUGACAGUUUUUCUAUAUAACUUUGCUGUUUUCAUGGUGAUUCCAGCCAUUACCGAUGUUACAAUGUUAGCUCUAUGUCCUGGUCAAGACGAAUGCUCGCUCGCCAUUUACCUCAGCGGUUUCCAACAAGCGGUAACAGGGUUGGGCAGUCUAAUGGUGAUGCCAGUGGUUGGCAAUCUCUCUGAUUCAUACGGACGAAAAGCUCUUCUAACACUUCCUAUGAUUCUCACCAUUUUGCCCUUAGCAAUAUUAGCAUGUGGAAGGACCAAGUACUUCUUCUAUGGUUAUUAUGCUCUCAAGACUCUCACUGCAAUGUUUUGUGAAGGCAGUGUUCUUUCACUUUCUCUAGCUUAUGUGGCAGAUAACAUUUCAGAAAGCCGAAGAUCAUCAGCAUUUGGAAUUUUAUCUGGCAUUGGGUCUUCUGCGUUCCUAUGUGGUACCUUAACCUCUCGUUUCAUUUCCACGGAGUCUACUUUCAAGGUUUCUGCAUUUGUCGCUAUAUUGGCAACGUUGUACAUGAGAUUUUUCUUGCCAGACUCUAGUUGUAAUAUUGAUUCCACCUCUUGUUCAAAAUUGAUAUUGAAUAAGACUAAGAGAAUUGGCAACAACGUUGUUGAUGAUCCGUGUCCGAAGAUACAAAUUGGUAAAAGGAUUCCGUCAAUAGAUGAUAUGAUCCAUUUGCUGAAGACUAGUUUAAUAUUUAGACAAGCGGCAAUUGUUGCAUUUUUCACCAAUCUUGCAGAAGGUGGUCUCCGUGAGGCAUUGCUGUACUUCUUGAAGGCGCGUUUUCACUUUAACAAGGACCAAUUCGCUGACUUAAUGUUGAUAGUUGGGGUUUCAGGAGUGAUAUCACAGCUGGUUCUCAUGCCCAUACUAGUCCCUGGUUUAGGAGAAGAAAAACUGCUUAGGAUUGGGCUACUUGCAAGCUGUGUACAUAUGAUUACGUACAGUAUAUCAUGGGCGCCUUGGGUUCCCUAUGUCGGUACUGCAAUUGUUGUUCUUGCUGUUUUCUCAUCCCCAUGUCUAAGGAGCAUAGCAUCUAAACAAGUCGGACCAGAAGAGCAGGGGAAAGCUCAAGGGUGCAUUUCUGGGAUAGGUUCCUUCGCCAACAUAAUAUCUCCCUUAGUUUUUACUCCUCUGACAGCUAUUUUCCUGUCAGAUAGAGCACCAUUCCAUUUCCCGGGUUUCAGUAUCAUGUGCACAGGAUUUGCAAUGAUGAUAGCCUUCCUACAGAGUCUUAUGAUAAGGCGUGUUCCUACUAUUUCAAAUAACAAAAGCAACAGUAAUGCCUACAACGAGGCCUAACAUUUACCUAUGCUCCUCUGUGGCGUGUAACUAGUCGAAAUAUCACUAUUGCGUGAGCAAGAAUAUGACUGUUGUUUCUGCAUUUGCUGAUAGCUAAUACUCCAACAAUGCAACAAAAUAAGUUUGCCUGAACGCACGCGCACUCUAGUGCAGUGGUCGACGACGGGAAACAGCAUUCAUCCUCUUCCUUCUAAAGAUAAUUUUCCUAAACUAGAGGGGCAUAACGGUUCCACCAAGCUGGGGAUGAAAUUGAGCUUACUGAUAAUGUAUCGGAUUUUGACUCGUUUGCUGCACUAGUGGGUUAACAACUCAACACGUGCAUUGUUUAUAUGUGAUAUGUGCUUGUAUAUAUUCAUAGGAAUUGCAUAAUUUUAGAUAUAUAGAGGUAAAAUUUCAAUUUGUAAGAUAUUUAUGAUGCACCUCAUGUAAUUUGGUGAAGUACUGGGAACUUUAUCCGAAGAGCUUAAUACUAAAAUGAAGAUGCUUUUUUUUUGUCUCC